CUUCUCCUUUUUCUCUCUCUCUCAUUCUAUCCCAAAGGAGGGUUCGCUUACUCGGUGCUAUGUCUACUACGUACUCCCGUACUCAGGAGAGCGACGCGUGGGCCCUUCUGGCACUGAAGUCGGCACCGGCCAGCCCGACGAAGAUGCAGUGGAACCCGGAAGCAAAAGGUGCACCGAUUGCACGGUUAGAAGGUCGCGAGUUUGAGUACAUGGUUAGACAGCGACGUAUCACUAUCGGACGUAACAGCAGCAAGGGUGAGGUCGACGUCAACAUGGGCCACUCCAGCUUUAUCUCACGACGACACCUUGAAAUCUUCUAUGAUCAUCCGUUUUUCUUUAUGAUUUGCAAUGGUAAAAAUGGUGUUUUUGUUGAUGGAGUUUUUCAACGAAAGGGUGCGCCUGCCUUCCAAUUACCAAAGACAUGCACAUUCAGAUUUCCAAGUACAAAUAUAAGACUCGUAUUUCAAUCGUUAGUGGAUGAACAAGAACAAAGUAAUAUACGCGUUCCUUCACCUCCAAAGCAUAGAGCGCCAUUACCACCUUUACGUAUUAAUAUUCCGGAUGCUGGCUAUAGUAGUCCAUUUCCUUCUCCUACUGGAACAAUUAGUGCUGCUAAUUCGUGUCCUGCCAGCCCACGUGCAGGACAAGGAAGGAGAAACAUAUCAGCAGAUCUACAGAUGGUAGCUGUAUAUGCAGCCGCUGUUGCAAAUGAUUCACAAAACUCUAACAUGGAAAGACACGAGGGUGGACAAAGUUCUAAUAGACAAAUAAGUCCUGAGCUUGGUGUUGAGUCAAGAUACAGAGGUGGCAACAGUAGCGGUCCAAACGGUACUACAGCACAUUGUAGUCCACCGAAAGAUGACUCUAAACCUCCAUAUUCAUAUGCACAGUUAAUUGUACAAGCAAUAGCAUCUGCUGCAGAUAAACAGCUCACAUUGUCUGGCAUUUAUUCUUACAUUACCAAGAAUUAUCCAUACUAUAGAACUGCGGAUAAAGGAUGGCAAAAUUCAAUAAGGCAUAAUCUUUCAUUAAAUCGUUAUUUUAUCAAAGUACCAAGAAGUCAAGAAGAACCAGGGAAAGGAUCAUUUUGGCGGAUAGAUCCACAAUCAGAAGCAAAGCUUAUAGAGCAGGCAUUUAGACAAAGAAGGCAACGUGGAGUUCCAUGUUUUCGAGCUCCAUUUGGACUUUCAUCUAGAAGUGCACCGGCUUCUCCAUCUCAUGUUGGUAUUAGUGGCUUGAUGACGCCGGAAUGUCUUAGCAGAGAAACUUCGCCAGGACCAGAAUCUUAUCCUGACAGCACUGUAUCCUCUCCGGCUGGUCAGUUGACUAGUCAAUCCGCGCCAGGAUCACCUGGUCAUCCCUAUGCAUCGUCGAGUCAGUCGUCUCAUAAAGGUCGCCUAAUGCAACAGAUUACUGUUGUCACGAACGGUGUUAGUGGUGAUUCGACUAGAGAAGAUAAAUACGUCGUAUCUGGAAAUGCUACAGAAGAGCAUUCUCUUUCCCCGGCUGGUCAAUAUAGUCCGGCCCCUGUUAUUGUACAAACCACGUAUAAUUAUAGUGGAAGCUUUAUUGGUCCCGACGCAGGCGUCGGAAUUGCGAAGCGUUCACACGAAGAAUCGGAUAGUUCUCCUGGUUCACCGGCACCGCUUGCCAUUGUUGAAAGUCCUGAACCACCUGAACAUCAACAACCAGCGACAAAACGUCAACGUGUUCAUGAUAUGGACGACCACUGAACCAUCGUUGUCCUAGACUAUCGUUACGUAGGACAUUUUUUUGUUACAUCGCGCUACUCGCCCAUUGUCAAAUAUAUCUGCACGCGCGUGUACCUCACACUUGUUCGUGUGUGCGUCCGUAAACACGUGCACGCUUAAUGUUCAGGAUUUCGAAUCGUUGCCCAUAUCCAUACCACGUUUAAAUCUCUCCAUACAUUUUCAUCUAUGAUGCGCGCGCGCCGACAAAUACAUACAUGUACACACUCGGUUCUGUACUGUUUUUCAUUUAACCACAUUGUGGUUACUUUAGUUUCUGCAUAUGAUAAAUACUCGAUACCGUUUAUUGUUGCAACAAGUGGAAUAUUCGUAAGAAAAGCGAGAGCAGACAAAGUUAUUCCCUCGUCUCAUAUUUUCAUAGCUUGUUUCGGUGUUCUACCUUUCUUUUUCAACUUCCGGAGUUGAAUCAACUGCUGACAUAGCAACAUAGUUAUCAAGUCGUCAUGAUCAUUAGUAAGCACAUACACAUGUUUCGUUGAAUAAAUUUUUUAUGUUUCUUUUUUUUUUUUCUUGACGAUAUACAGGUACAAGGAGACGACGAGAGCUUUUACGUAUUUGUAAGAGGGAAUAAAUAUUUGUAACAUUCUUGGAGAAAUAUUACAUGUAAGAAGCAUCUUGGAUGAAACCAUAUCGUAAUAUAUUCAUAAAGAUGUUGAAUCUCAAUAGAAGGAAAUAUUAUGUUAAAACAGCUCACGUUGUUCGCCUUAGUGCUUCGCAAAAGAAAAAGAUCACCUAUUCUAGAACGUUGCUGAUACUGGUAAAUAAAGAUACUUGAGGAAUUUGUUAAAAACUAUACAUCGUAUAAGUUUGAGCUGUAGAGUUUCCCUUUAUGAGCUACAUUGACUACGUAUUUUACGUAAAUACGUGUUGUGUAUAUUUGAAUAUUUUCUCAAUCUUUGUUUUUGUGUAAUGUCCAGUUACUAUUAGAAAGAAAAAAGAAAGAAAGAUGUCUAUUGAUCCUUUCCGGUUCUUCAACUUCAACGAUUGUUCACAUUAUACAAAAUCGAUCAUUGAAAUCGAUUAUGACGCAAUUCGCGUAGAUUAAGAUGCUCGCGAAUCGUAGACACAAACUUUAGAUUAUAGUUCUACGUAUGAUUUUACAAAGUUUCUAUUUAAAAAGAAAGAAGAAGGGAAAAGAAAAAAAAAAACAACAAGCAAUAAUCUUAUGCUGAAUACGUCGAUCGAAAUUUCUUUCUGACGUGCCUGUUUAUCUAACGAAGAUAUUAACGUACUAUAAUCAUACAGGAAGAGGUGAUAGUAUUUUUGUUGCCACUUGUAAAUAAACUCUUAAACGAA